UGAUUAACAGGAAGCUUUCCGUGGAUCCCUCCUCUAAAAACUAGGUGUGUCUUAUGGUCAGGUGCGUCUUAUAGAGUGAAAAAUACGGUAAUGACUGACUGUGUGUACUAUGGGUGUGUUUGGAUUUCUGUAUCCUUCUGAGCCUUAUAGGUAUGUUUGACAAACCUCCACAAGUACCUCAUAUGUCUCUUCCAACAUGCCCCAAAUUUGCUGUUACUGAAAAGACCAACCAGCUUCUUGCUCCCUAGUCCUGCUCUCCACGUUAUUGAUGCUAUUGAAGACAGAUUGAAUAGGGUUUCAUGUAUGAAGCUUUGAUUCUAUUUCAGCUGGAAAGUGUUCUAAACAUAAUGUGCUCAAAUGCAGUUCUGGCUGUUGUAUUGUGGAUUUCAGACCAAGAAUAAUUAGUUACUUGUAGAUAUUUCCAGCAGUUUAUGUGUAGAGAAAUGUAUAAGUCAGCAUUGUGUUAGUACCGAAAAUUUUGAAUUUGCAACAUAUAGUGCUAUGAUUAAAAUUGACCAUUGUUUCAUACUCCUAGAGUGGUGGUGCUAGUGUCAAUUAUUUUGUGUUAUUUUCUUUUUUCUUGGUUAAAUAACUAUUAGGACCUGAGUGAAUCCCUAGCUAGUUAAAAAUAAAUUGUUUCAUAAUAGUAUAUUGGAAAGUAGUAUCAAGAAAAAGCACUAACCUUAAGCUUUCAAGUAUUAACUAGUCUUGCAUCAUGAAAUGCAUCAGAAUCUUUCCUAAAUGCUGAUCCCAAAAGUUGGUAUAGUAUCUUAUGUGGCUGCAUUUCUACAGCCUUUCCAGUUGAGUUUAGCUCCUUUUGACGUGCAGUCCAGCAUUUCAGUUUAUCAAGAGUGUGAAGAACUGAAAUUUGAACAGUUCUUCCUACAGUCUUUUUUUCCUCUCUGCUCUCUCAUAUUGCCACGAUAUGAAGCAAUGUUAGGACAUUACCGAUAAGACCCACUGCAUAACAGGAUGCUGCAUCUUUUUUUAGUGAUGAAACAAAGGUCUGGCAGAAAUAGAUCAAUGAUGUACGCUAGAAAUAAUUGUUUACAAAAAGAAUGCAUGCAUCCCCUUUGAUAUCUAAUUAUGUAGCUUUGCUGAAUCAGCUUUAUCCAUUGCUGAACUUUUGCUUUGAGAUGCUUAAGAAAAUAGCACCCCUGGCCUGCCAACCAGUAUUAAAAUAUAUUGAAAUCAUAUAUAUAUUUGAAAAACUGGGCAAGAUUAAUCUUGUGUGAACUUGGUGAAUUCUGAACACCUACAGUAAGAGGGUAAAUUAGGAGCACAACUUCAGCAAACAAUCUAAUAAAAUUGCAAUGCUGCUUAUUUUUGUAAGCAAGGUUUUAAAUCUAAGGAACUGCCAGCUGCAUAUUUCUGUUGUGCUCAGAGCCACAUGUCUCUGUUCUCUGAUAAUAGCUCAAAACUGCAAUGUAGCUCCUCCUCUUUUCUGACUGUUGCUUGGAGCAAUGUUUAUUUGAUAGACAACUGAGUAAAUAUAGGGAGUGCUUACACUGUGGCACAGUGGCACUGCAUGCUGCAGAAAAAAACAUUCUGACCAAGCCUAACCUCGGCAUGGACAUACUUCUUUGGAGCUUCUCCUUAUAUAUGAAGGCAUGGCCCUAGAUAACAGAGAUACCAACCAAAAUGAAGAGCUGCUUGCAGCUUUCACUUUACAAACUCUUAUUGAACUUCCCCCUUCCUACUUGGCUGGACCUCACAAACAGGCACAAGUUCUUGGCCCAGACAGACAUGAACAGGUGACAAGUUCCAAUGAUGCUGAAGUGGUCACACGUCUACUGGCUGAGAGAGAUCGGGAUCUUGAGUUGGCAGCACGAAUUGGACAGGCCCUGCUUAAACGAAACCAUAUCCUAACUGAGCAAAAUGAAGCUCUUGAAGAACAGUUGGGCCAAGCCUUUGACAAGGUUCAUCAGCUACAGCAUGAGCUAACAAAAAAAGAUGAACUGCUUCGCGUGGUGUCCAUCGCUUCUGAAGAAAGCGAGACUGACUCUAGCUGUUCCACACCACUUCGCUUCAAUGAGUCUUUCAACUCGUCUCAUGGACUCCUGCAGUUGGAUAUGUUGCAGGAUAAACUCAGGGAACUGGAGGAGGAGAACAUUUCUCUUCGAACAAAGGCCUGCCAUCUGAAGACUGAAACUAUGACAUAUGAAGAGAAAGAGCAACAGCUAGUCAGUGACUGUGUCAAAGAGAUCAGGGAAACAAAUGCUCAGAAUGUAAGAAUGAGUGAGGAACUGGCAAGGAAGAAUGAAGAGCUGCUUCACUAUCAGGAAGAGAUCUCAACCCUCUUGUCUCAGAUUGUUGAUCUUCAGCAUAAAAUCAAAGAGCAUGUAAUUGAAAAGGAAGAGUUGAAACUGCACCUGCAAGCUUCCAAAGAUGCCCAGCGACAGCUGACAGCAGAGCUGCAUGACUUACAAGAGCGGAAUGCUGAGUGCCUGGGGAUGCUGCACGAGUCGCAAGAAGAAGCCAAGGGAUUGCGCAGCAAAGCCAGCCAUGCUGCUCGUCUCUGCCAGCCCCAGUCAUGUGGAACAUUUCCCGUGGAAUCGUUGGCAGCAGAGAUUGAGGGAACAAUGCGGAAAGAGCUGAGCAUGGAUGAGGAAUCCAUUUCAAGACAAAAGACUCAGCAAAAGCGCAUAUUUGAUACUGUAAAAGUAGCGAAUGUAAUGCGUGGCCGUUGUGCUUCAUGUCCUACUCCACUACCCAUUCCAGGGUCAAAUCGUUCCAGUGUUGUCAUGACAGCAAAGCCUUUUCAUUCUGACUUGCACCAUGGGGAGGGAAAGGCAUAUCACUCUCAGAAGACCAGCUCAGAGAACAUUUCCAGGAGGGAAGCAGAAAACCUGGGCCAUCCUGGUGUCCCCAGGGGAGAUGAUUUAGCUGCUGCUUUGCACAGGCUUAACCUCCGUCGUCAGAACUACCUGAGUGAAAAGCAGUUCUUUGAAGAUGAGUGCAAGCGCAGGAUGCAUUUACUGGCUGACCAGAAAGAGGAACUCAGUGGUUGUAGCACCCCAGGGGAGAGCUGCCUUCCACUGGGAGGCAAUUCAGACCUUACAGAUUUCUCUGGAUCCACCAGCAGCUUGCGCUCUCUCCUUCCGGAGAAACUGCAAAUCGUCAAACCUCUUGAAGGUUCUCAGACCCUGUUCCACUGGCAGCAGUUGGCUCAGCCUAACCUAGGCACAAUUCUAGACCCACGCCCUGGUGUUGUCACAAAAGGGUUCACACCGCUGUCUGAAGAUGAUGUCUAUCACCUUUCUGAUUUUGAAGAAGAUGAGAAAGAAAGUGAUGACGGCAUAACUUUCCAAGUGCAGCACUCCCCUCUGGAGGAACAGAAACCCACAGUGCCAAAGUCAGAGAUGGGGAUCUUCCUGCCACCCACAAAAUUAGCAACAGUUUCCCUCACAGCUUCUAAUCCGGGAAAAUGUCUUUCAUCAACAAAUUCUACAUUUACUUUUACUACUUGUAGGAUCCUCCAUCCAUCUGAUAUCACACAGGUUACCCCCAGUGCUUCAUAUGCCCCUGUAUGCUCUGGAAGUUUUAGCAGUACAAGCCAUGUAGUUACAAGCUGUGUGUCCCAUAGGCUUAGUACUGGAGAAUUCCUCACUACCAGAAGAAACUCAACUACCACUUUAAGUAGUACAGGAAGCUUAGCUAAGCUUCUGCAAGAACAGGGCAUCUCAGCAAAGGUCUACAACAGUCCAGUUUUGGAGAAAGCACCAGUGUUUCAGCCUCGCAAGAUUUUUGCUGUUCCUUCAACACCACCAAAUUCUCCUUUGCAUUCCCCCUGUCCUUCCCCCUUGCCUUUUGACUCACGAGCAAGUAUUUCUGAAAGUUUUUUGGCCUCUCGACCAGCUGAAACAUUACUGCAGGAGAUGUAUGCACAGAAAUCCUCUAAUAUCAAUGAUGUAAGGCAGCUGAAAAUGAACCUGGUGGAAAGGUUAAAGAAGCUGGGUAUCGCCAGAGCUGUCAAGCAUGCCGAAGCAGGGGACAGUAAAGAAGUGGGGGCAAAGGGGAGCCUGCAAAGGCAGGACUCGGCUGUGUAUGUAAGUCCAGGCAGCAAUCUGAUGGGUGGACUGAGGAGAAACAACAGCCUGCCAGUCUUGAUUGGAGCACUGGGAGGCCCAGUGAGCACCUCCUCCUCAAAAAUGGGCGUCCUGAAGGAAGACUGAGCGGUUCAGCACGAAUGACCUUUGGCUGGAGGAAAAGCACAAAAUGCAUUUACUGGGGAUGCAGAUAAUGGUGAAAAGAAUGUCUGGAAGGGGUGCGUGAAAGGAGGCAGAUACCUGGUUAAAGGUGGGAAGUGGGAGGCUUUGCAUGAAGUGUUGGAAAAGAGGUAAUGAAUUUAAAGAGUGCAAAGGAAAGAGCAAACCAAAGUUCAGUCUUGAAAGUUCAAAUCUCUAACCUUCUGUGAUGAACAAUAGGGGGCUGCACAAGUAGGUACAUUAUAUUUUCAAUCUUUGAUAUGACGUCUCUGGGACAGUGAAAUAUUUAAGUUCUAUCACUUAAUUUUGUUUUAUCAGGUAUUAUUUGAGAUCCUACCACUUAGAUUCUAAGCAGAAGAGCAAAAUGUUUGUUAAAUACUGGUCCGAAACAAGAGGUGCAAUGUGUUUCUGAUGGAGAGCUCAGCUUAAUUUAUAAAUUAAAAAUACAAAUACUGAUGGAAUAUAUACUAGCUCUCUGAAAAAUAGUGUUACAAGCUUUGUGAAAAAAAUACUUGUGAUAUAUAUUCAGAUUCAGGAGUGUAGAAUUGCAGUGACACCUCCUGUUGCACAAACAAAAAAUAUAUUUUCAGGCAAAAUACUCAGGCAAAUAUUAAGAAAGGAGUAAAAUCUAUGUGUUUUUUAAAAGUAUGUAUUUAUUUAAAUUAAAUAGGGAGCAUAUAUUUGGCAGGCAAAGGAUAGUACGUUUGGUAUUCUGUUCUACAUCUGUAUUCUACAUCAUGCUCUGAACAUGAAUGUCUUUGAGCAAUUCCAUAAAUUUAAAAUACAACCUCAGCUGAAGUGACUGGAUUGGAGCCAUACCUUUUGGGAAAAUCUGUUUUAUAAAACAAAAUGCAUUAUCAGUCAAUUUCCUUCUGGUUCUUGGUAAGUUUCCAUUGCAAAGUUUUCACUGAGGCACGUCCAAGAAAUCUACUGCAUUAAGUGACAUGCACAACUCCCAAUGCUAGUGUGGCAUCCUAAGAUGGCCCAGUUUUCAAGCUGCAGUAGACACAAGGAUUGGCAUUGCUUGAAAAGAAACCAUUUCUCAUAAGAGAAAUUCUAAACUGUAAUGUUUCUGAAUGAACCACUUCUGCUCUGGCAGAAUGAGAAGACAGACACUGAAUCUCUUGAUAGCUAUUUGAUGAAAUAGAAGCAGGAAGGUGAGAGUAAGCACAAGUGACUUGUACCUCUCUCCUUCCAUGUGAUGACUGAAGUAGAAACUUCAGAUGCAGAUCUAAAAAUUGCCUCACCCGAGGGUGGAGAGAAUAGUUGCAAAUCAGACAGACAUGCAGUGAGCUGUACGAUCAAACUGAUUUGUGUUUCCAGUAAGCUAAUGUACGUAACUAUCGUGCAAAACAGCACGUACAGGGGAAAAGGUCAGCAUGGUUUGAAAAUUAACCACAGAUAAUGGCAGCAUGGUGUAACUCUUAAGCAUGGCAUAUGUGGGAAAGAGGGCCAUUCUAUAUAUGAGUGCCAUAUAUAGAAUGGCCCUCUUAUAUCUAGGAUAUAUCUAGACACUCUGAGCAGAUUAAGUUUAAGACACAUGAUGACUUUGUAUGGAACUGUGUGUUGCUCAAAACAUGACUUUUCUCUCCAAAUCUAUUAGCUUUUCUCUAUGGAUUUUUUAUUGUUUAGCUCAGUUGUUGGAACUAAGCAAAAUCCUGUAAAUGGUAAAAAUGAAUUUAUUAUAGAUUGCUAUAUAUGGGUUAAUUCUACUUUAAAAUAAAACAUUCUGACAUUAUUAAAAACUUUUCAGGUGCAUUUCCUAAAUGCAACCUGCCUUUCACGUUGCUUGAUAAAAUAGAUAAAAGAGGAUUUUGCUUAAUUUGCUCUCCAUUAAGCUUGGAACCCAACAUAUUCUGCUCUAUUCUUACAGUAUGAGGGAAAGAUCAGGUAAUUGGCAAUGUUUGCCUAUGCUAGCAAGCAAUCCCAAGAGGAAAAGAAGCACAACAUUGCAGCUAGUAUGGAACUGAUGUAUGUCUGUUGUUUGUAGUCUAUAAAUCCUUCCUGCAUUUUUCUAUAAAAAGCGUAGCAGCCUAGAAUGAAUGUGGAUUUCUAAAUGGCUUCCUUGUAUCUGCAUGUCUUUGCUAAAUAUCUAAACUUGUUAACUGUAGAAGAAGCUGACCUGGUAAACCAGAAUCUUUCUGCAGACCAUGUUCAUGUGAAAAUUAAUUUUGCAGGUAUUUUCAGUCAAUGCAUGUUUUAAGACAGUCCCCCCUUCCCCUGCUUCUGCUUCUAUGAAGAAGGUCAUCUGAAGAUAUGAAGGAGUCUUACCUGCCCCUGGAAAAAAAAUAGAUAGCCAAAUAACCUGGUUCAGGCUCUUAUGCAAGUGAUCGCUAUUUUUUGUCCCAUCAGUGGGCAUCCCAUAGCAGCAAAACAAAAGCAUAGAAAACCCAGCACUCUUUCCACAGGUAUUCAGUUGCGUUUUGUACAGUGUGCCUAAAGUUCUUCCUCAAGAAAAUCAGCUGGGAGUCAGGUGAACAACAAUACCUUUGUGCCAAAAUCCUUUUAAAUCAUGAACCUUGGAGCAGAGGGCACUAGAAAAUCAGUGAGAGAGAUACUGAUUAAUACAGAAACAGGAAAUGCAAGUGACAUCCCAGAUCACCACGUAACAAAAUGGGUUCUAUACUUGAGUGCUAGUAAAGCGCAAAGAUGUGCACAUAUACAAUCUUGUAAUAGAAAUCUAUGGAAAAGUUUGUUGCUGUAACCUGAAUUCUAUACAUAUUUGAUAAAUAAAUUGUAUAAUACA